CAAAAUCAGUUAUAUCAAAACAUGUUCUACCAUUGGCUGCCCAUAAUUCUUUAUUCCAUCCAUAUUAAUUCAGCUAUCGAAAAAUCAAAUAUUUCUGAGUACAAUGAUGAGAUGAGAUUUCGCAUUAUUGGUGGAUAUUUUUGUUCAACCAUACAAUAUGGCUUUAUGGUACGAGUGAUGGGUGAAAAACCAAAUUCGGGGUCAACGACUGCUUGUGGUGGAACCAUUAUAAAACCCAGGUGGGUUUUGACUGCAGCCCAUUGUUAUAGUGGAAGUGUCACAGAAUAUAAGAUAAUCGCAGCAGCCAAUACUAAUCAAUUAUUAAUUGAGGUGGAGCAUUUUCAUGUGCAUCCGAAUUUUAACUACUCUACCGUCUCUUCCUCAGCCAAUGAUGUAGCUUUAUUGCAGUUAAAAACGCCCUUGUAUGAGAAUGAUGUUAAAUUUGUGAAGCUCCUGAGAAGCAGAGAUGAUCCAUAUUGCCAAACAGGUUUGGUGAUGGGCUGGGGACACAUGGAAAAUAAAACACUAAAUCAAAAGCCAACACAUGCAAAAAUAACCGAACUUCAAUGCACUUUGGCUACAUUGCUACCAUUAAAUGAAUGUAAAACUCGUGCGGGAAUUUAUUCUGAACUAAUAAAACCCUAUCAUAUUUGUAUCUUAACUACAGAAAUUGAUGUUCGGCCAGGUGACUCAGGAGGACCGUUGUUAUGUGGUGAUGUUCAGGUUGGAAUUGCUUCAUUUUCAGGAAAGCAGCCUUUCUCAUCUGCUGUUGCUGUUUACACUAAAGUGGUAGAUCAUUUAGAUUUUAUAGAUGGUGUUAUUGAUCGGACUAAGCUUUCUAGGAGCCAUAACGAAAAGUUGUAUCAAUGUUCUAGUUUAAACAUAGCUAUUAUUAUUGUAAUAUGGUGUAUCGGUGCAGUGUAAUUUGCUGGAAAAAAUAGUAUUAUAUGGUUAUAUUAUUGUAUGGUAAAAUUCGGUCAUGGACUCUUGAUAAAAAUACGAAUAGUAAUCCAAACAGUUUUCAAUCUUCCGGUAGAUGAAAUAAAGUAUACCUACUUGAAAAUAUUUUGUAAAUUCUCAAGUACUUGAAGUCUUGCACUUAAAGUAUCAUCAAAGUAGUUGUAGUGAUAAAUAACUGUAUCGAAAAUUGAGUGGUAAAGUGCCGUUCAACCAGUACAACACGUUACCACGUCCACAUAGACCGAUGAGCAGUUCUUUUCGAUUUUUUCCCUUAUAAUUUUUAACUAUCUAGGUAUCUAGUAAACUUGGUAGGCACCUAAUAUACCAAUAAAUAUUUAAAGUACAGUAGGUAUAAUAAGACUUCACGGCAGGCGAC